GCCCAAAUAUUUUCCCAUUCUUCUUCACGAAUGCACAUAUCCACACUUCUUAUGUGUAUAUAUAUUCUUAUAUCCUCCAUUCUUGUAAAUUUUAAGUGGUUGAUUUAUCGGUUACUAUAAAAGAAAAAUCUGACAAUUGCAAGUUUAAUGAAUUAAAUCUAAUUGGAAAUUGGGUUUCGAUAGGCAGGUAUGAAUUAUAAUGGUACGAUUGAUGAGGAACCCAGAGGGGAUUAUUUGAAAUUGGAGGGGAGUUUUGAUGGAGGGGUCCACGGGGAGACAUCGACGUCAUCGGGUUGCGCCGGCGGGUGGUUCUGGUCGUUGUGGUGGUGGUUGAGGCUAGUGUUGGUGGUGACAUUUUUAGGGGUCUUGGCUGUCAUUUUCUGUAUAUGGGUCGGGCCCUUCUUCAUGGACAAGGAAAUUAUACCCAUAAUUAAUUGGGAAACGGAAACGUUCAGUAAACAAGUGCUGGCACUUAUAGUCUUUGGUUCUGUGGCAUUAUUUCCAAUCCUGCUUUUACCUUCUACCCCUUCCAUGUGGGUUGCAGGGAUGACUUUUGGAUAUGGGUAUGGUUUUCUGCUGAUCAUUGGAGCAGUUGCAAUUGGUGUGUCUCUUCCAUAUUUCAUUGGUUUUCUUUUCCGUCAUAAAAUCCAUAUGUGGUUAGAGAAAUAUCCAAAGAAAGCUUCCAUCAUAAGACUAGCUGGUGAAGGAAAUUGGUUCAAUCAAUUUAGAGCUAAUGCUUUGAUUAGGAUUUCUCCUUUUCCUUAUGUCAUAUAUAACUACUCUGCUGUGGCUACUAAUGUUGGAUAUGGUCCAUACUUAUUGGGGUCACUAGUCGGAAUGGUACCAGAAAUAUUUGUUGCACUCUACACUGGCAUCCUGAUAAAAACUUUGGCUGAUGCAUCCCACGAUCGGCACUCUUUGUCAGCAUCACAGAUCAUUUUCGAAGUGAUCGGAUUUUGCAUCACGGUGGCUGCAACAGUGAUAACCACGUUGUAUGCUAAAAGGCGGCUCAAUGAACUGCAAAGGGAAGAGGAACUAUUGUUGCAGUGAUCUCAGGUUAUCUGCCGGCAAAAUUAAGUUGGAGAAGGCAAUGACAUCGUGUUCCUUCACCCGCUGGGGGUUCUUGACAAUCACUUGUCAAUAUGGAUGCACAGAGUGGAAGGGAAAAAGGAAGCUAACACGACUAAUAUAGGGAUGUCGAUUCUGGGAGUGGUAACUGUUAAAACCAUUUAUAGUUCCUUUCUCCUCUGUAGAAUAUAAUUGUACAUGAUUGAAAUCUGAUCUUUUUAAGGGUUAAAUUACUGUAACCAUUGCUUUGCAAAUACAUAGUAGGUCAUGUUAAUGUUUAUCUGUGUUAUAAAAUAUAGCGCUUGUUUGGCUCCA